AUGCCUCUCUUUGCGCAGAAGAAGGGCCCGCCACAGCACAAACACCCAUAUCUCUCGGGAAACUUUGCACCUAUAAACCAGACACUACCACUAACUAGAUGUACCUACGAUGGAGACAUCCCGUCGGAGCUUGCAGGUGGUGAAUACGUCCGCAAUGGCGGCAAUCCUGUGUCCAACGAAGAUUUGGGUCGUGACGCCCAUUGGUUUGAUGGCGAUGGCAUGCUAAGUGGUGUCUCGUUCACCAGGCAAGCAGACGGCUCUGUUCAGCCCGAGUUUGUCAACCAGUACAUUUUGACAGACAUCUUUCUCUCGACCGCCGCCUCUCCACGCCUGCGCUCGCCCAUCUUGCCCAGCAUCGCAACUCUGGUCAAUCCCCUUUCAUCCCUUAUCACUAUCGUCCUACGCAUCCUGCGCACCAUUGUGCUUGUCAUUCUGUCCUUCUUACCGGGUUCUACCCGCGCCAUCAAGAGGAUCAGUGUCGCCAAUACAUCCAUCCUUUACCAUGACGGCAGAGCAUUGGCAACAUGCGAGAGUGGACCGCCAAUGCGCAUCGCACUUCCUGGGCUGGAGACUGUUGGCUGGUACGACGGCAACCGCGCAGAGGGCGAGCCCGAAUCUCAUGAUAAUCGUGAUCUGGCUUUCUCGGAAAAAGGCUUGCUGGGCUUCCUGCGUGAAUGGACAACUGCUCACCCAAAGGUUGAUCCGGUCACCAAGGAGAUGAUGCUUUUCCACUCUACCUUUCUCCCUCCAUACGUUCAGUACUCUAUCAUCCCACCCACCUCUGCUCGCUCCGAGACCAACCAAGGCAUUGUCCAGCGCCCUGUCCCGGGUAUCGCCGGCGCCAAAAUGAUGCAUGACUUUGGUGUAUCUCUCAAGCACACAGUCAUCAUGGAUCUUCCCCUCUCUCUCGACCCCUUCAAUCUGGCCAAGAACAAGCCCGUCAUUGAAUACGAUGCUGCAAAGCCUGCCCGCUUUGGUGUCUUUCCUCGUCAUCAUCCAGAACAAGUCAAGUACUUUGNNGAAACCACAGCUUGUUGUAUCUUCCAUACUGCAAAUGCUUGGGACGACUUCGACCCUGAGGGCCAGGUUGAGACCGUCCACCUCUUAACCUGUAGGCUGACAUCUGCUUCUCUGGUCUUCAGUGCUGGCAAUAUUGCUGCACCUCGUUCAACCAAGGAAACCGCCAAGGCCGUCAAGAAGAACAUGCCUUUUUCUCAAAAAUACAAUGCAGAUGAANAAUGCUUGUUUGAAGGAGCACCUACCUUAGAAUCGCCUGGUCUGGAACGCGAACAUCUAAUCAAGAUGAAGACCAACCAGGACAGUCCUUCUUACUUCGAUGAGCAAGACGACGAUGUCGAAGAAAUUCCUGAGGAAGACGAUCAAUGCCGGCUCUACCAUUAUGCAUUCUCACUCAAGUCCUCCCAGAUCACUGCACAGUACGCAUUGUCUGCAAUUUCUUUCGAGUUUCCUUCCGUCCAUCCCGACUUUGACAUGCAGAAAGCUCGCUUUGUCUACGGAUGCACUACAUCUGUCUCUUCAUUCAACGCGGCUCUAGGCCGUUCCGUAAAGAUCGAUGCCCUAGCUAAAAUUGACACCAAAACACUUAUCGAGAAGGGUGAUCGAUUGGCCGAUAUGGGGAAGCUCGAANAAAUCACUGGCUGUGUCGAUACUCGCACUGUUCAGGAGAUCAUGGACAACCCUCUUGAAAACGAUUCAAUUCAGAUCUUCCGUAUGCCUGCCGGUUGGUUCGCACAGGAGCCCAGGUUUGUCCCACGUAAGCCUGCUCCGGGCCAAACCUUGGCGGAAGACGAUGGCUACCUUCUCACAUAUGCCUUCGACGAAUCUCAGUUAGGCCUUGAUGGUGAAGUGCCAUCCGACACAGAUGCCAUGAACAGAGCAAAGAGUGAACUUUGGAUCAUCGAUGCCAAAGAUAUGAGCACAGUAAUUGGCAGAGUUGCUCUUCCCCAACGUGUUCCUUAUGGACUUCAUGGUUCAUGGUUCCCUGAGGAAGACAUUCUCGGCCAAAAGGCUAUUGACACGGUUCGCAGUAUCAGCGAAGCCAAUUCAAAGAAAUACGAAAGCACCUGGAUGAACAUCAGGGCUUCGAUAGAGGGCAUGCUCUCUUAA